UGCCGCCGCCUCCUCCGCCUGGCUCCUGCUCCUCCGCAGCGCCUACAACUGCACGGGCGUCUGCGUCAACCACAACCGCAGCCCGCUGGUGCGCCGCCCGUCCCUGCACAUGGACACGCAGCUCUGGUACAACGCCAGCGACGUCUACGAGGCUUGGAGGCUGCUGCUGAGCGCCGGCGCCGCGCUGGGCUCCAGCCUCACCUACCGCUACGACCUGGUGGAUGUCACCCGCCAGGCGGUGCAGCAGCUGGUGGCCGAUUAUUACCUGAGCAUCCGCGGCGCCUUCCAGAGCCGCGCGCUGCCCGAGCUGCUGACGGCCGGCGGGGUGCUGGUGUACGACCUCCUGCCCGAGCUCGACAGCCUCCUCUCCAGCCACCGCCUCUUCCUCCUGGGCCGCUGGCUGGAGAGCGCCCGCGCCGCGGCCACGAGCGACCGGGAGGCUGAGCUGUACGAGAUGAACGCCCGCAACCAGCUGACGCUCUGGGGACCGAGCGGGAACAUCCUGGAUUACGCCAACAAGCAGCUGGGGGGGCUGGUGCUGGAUUAUUACGGCGUGCGCUGGAGCCUCUUCGUCUCUCUCCUGGUGGAGAGCCUCAACUCGGGCAGCCCCUUCCACCAGGAGCAGUUCAACCAGGCCGUCUUCCAGGUGGAGAGGGGCUUCAUCUACAACAAGAAGCGGUACCCCACCGCGCCCGUUGGCGACACGCUGGAGAUCUCCAGGAAGCUUUUCCUCAAAUACUACCCCGGGGCCAUGAAACGGAGCCGGGCUGGGCCAGCGUGAUUUGGGGCCGUGCCUCUCAGAGCCUCCCCCAGGAGGGAGGGCAGCGACCCCGCGUCCUCACGCGUCGAGGCUCCUGCAGCUCCCCGCCUGAUCGCCGCGUCCCUCCCCAAUCGCCGCGUCCCGGCGGUGCUGGAAUGAAGGCGCAGAGCCCCGCUGGGACCUGGCUGCGUGCUCUGCAUGGGCAGGACGAGCCCCGGAGGGGGCUGGCAGGCGGCUGUGGGGCUGGCUGUGCCCCAGGGACCGCUGCUGCACCGUGGCUGCCCCACGCCUGCCCCACUGGAGCUGAGCCGCCCCACGGCACGGAGCAAGGAGGCAGCGCUCUGCUGCCCCGCUGGCUGCUCGCUGGGACCUGGGACGGUGCAGACGGACAAAGGACAGACGGACAGAGGGGCUGGCACAUCCCCCCCCACAUCUCCUGCCCCUGGCCGAGCAGCAGGGAGCCAGCCUUGCCCCAUGGCUCGUGCCCCCCCCCCCAGCUCCCCUCCUUGUGGGGCCGUCAGGCCUCUGCGCAGCCCCUGCUUGGUGCCUGUGGCACUGAAGGAGCCUUGGCAGAGAUUUCUGCGGUGCUGCUGGGGCCGGGCUCCUCAGGGCCGGGCUCUUUCUGUGCCUUUUCCUCCCCUCGCUGGGGCUCUGGCCAAGGCUGCGUGGCCGUGGGUCGCUCUGGCCCCAGGCAGGGUGGGGGCUGAAACCUGCAGAGCUAUUAAAGGCUUGGACACUGA